AUGUUCAUCUUCGCCUCCUUCGGCGUGCAAAUCGUUGGCGGGAAGCUGGCCGCAUGCAAUGAUCCAACCAUCACGACACGUGACAACUGCACUGGCCUAUUCGAGCAGAAGAUCUUUGUCACGAGGAUGGAGGUGUAUGGGAAGAACGAUGAAGCCCUUCAUCCAAAGAUAUUGGUGCCACGAGUAUGGACCAAUCCUCGUAACUUCAAUUUUGAUCAUAUCGGGAAUGCGAUGUUGGCUCUUUUCGAGACGCUAUCGUAUAAGGGCUGGAACGUCAUUCGGGAUAUACU